AUGAUAUUUUUAUUAGGAGAAAUACAAACAUCCAAGUUAAGCAGCAAUCUCCAGCCUCCCAUAAUAAAUUGUAGAAUACUAAAAUUUAAAUAUAAAAUGAAGUGCCAAAAAUGCAUAAUGCCCGCGGAAUUUGAAUGCUGCAAAGAAAAUCUUUGUGAACUUCAUAUUCCAGCCCAUCUUAGAUGCUCUGAACGUCUCCAUCUUCCAAAAGUAGUAACAUAUAGGGAAGCAGUUCAAAUAGGCAGCGACACAUCUGGUGCCGCCAAUGAUCAAUUUUUUAAUGAGCCUUUACCAAAAUCAGUUAAUCCAGCAGGCAAUUCUGCUUUCCUUAAUGAUUUUCAGAAAGACUUUACGUGAAAUAAAGAUCCAACUGCAACACAUUCUUUAGAUACAAGAUCAGUCCCUGUUAGAAAAGUUUUGCAUGCAGCUGAACCUCAAUUAAAUGCUAGCAAUUCUAGCCAGCCUCCAAAACCUUUUCCAGUAUGAAAUCCUGCUAGCUCAUCACAAUGUUUUCAGACCCAGCCUAAUAUUCAGCUAGAGUCCAAUUCCACUUUUACUCCCUCAUCAUCGCUUCCUUAUUCUUCGAACAUCACCAAUUUCGUUGGCUCUCAGUCAAACCUUGGUAAUGAUUCAAAUCCAAUUGCAAAUGCACAGCCAGAGCUAAGCGAAACAUAUCAAGUAGUACAAUUUCCUAGAAAUCAGCUACCAAUAGAUAUUCCAAAAAGAGUGGAGGCCAGCAUACCAUUAAAUAGCCAAUCUCAAAGUUAUUCCUAUAAUUCUGAGCCUAUUCCAGUCCAGUUGAUUAGUCCACAAUAUCAAACAAACUAUUCAGAAUUCAGAGAUAAUCUCAAUAAUCAUAUACCAAAUCCUCCUUACGAGCAAAAUAUUGUCAACAAUCCACUUUCUGUAAUACAAUUGCAUCCUAUAAGCCAAGCAUCUUUCAUUGAGAAUCAGCAACCAUUUGCUUCUUCAGCUCCUCUGAUAUCCCAAUAUUAUAAAAUUCAUUGUGAGCCAAAGAUUCAUAACAGUCUGUCUCAUAAAGGUCAUAUAGAAAACUUAAGCAAAAAAUAUGAAAACAUCCAUAUUGAAUUUCGCAAAAACAGAUACCAUUUUUCAGCCUCACAAAAUGAAGGUGAAAAGCUUAAAGAAGAGCUUGAAGAAAUGAUCAAAAAUGAAAGAAAUCAAAAAAUUUAUUGAUGCUUCAUAAAUGACAGUGGAGAAGAAGAAAAAUAUGAGCCUGAAACCUCAAACCGAAUCGAAAACAGCUACCAAAAAUUUAUAACAUUAAAAAAGCCAGAAUUUCAAAGUGUUGAUAUUACUGCAAAUGGGACUAUUUAUACAAUUCACUUUGGAAAAGACCAUAGGCAAGUCUUAAAAAAUUCAACGCUGCAAUCCCGAUCAGUAAGAAGAAGAACUGAAGGAGAAGAUUUUGAUGCAGACAAAGCAGUUGGGAUAAAAGAAAUCAAUUGAUAUUGGCAGCAUGAAUGUGGGAAAUAUAAGCCUUAUACAGCUGAAGCUUCAAGGCUUAUUGAAAAUGCAUAUUCUGCUUAUAAGUCCCUGAAGAAAAAUAAAGAAAAUAAAAAUCCUUCUGAAAGUAAACUUAUUAUCCAAGGAAAGAAUUCAAAUGCCUACCAAAUUGAUCUUGAAGAAAAAACCCAAUUUAAUGAAGAAACAAAGUUUUCUAGAAACAUAAGAAGAGAAAACGAGAUAGCUCAUUACGAUUUCCAUGUGAAUAAAUGCAAAUACAAGGAGGGAAGCCCAAUUAAACUUCAAUAA